AUGAAGUUGGUGCAGGGCUUGGGGGAAGCCUUGGGUACUGUAAGGUUCAUGAUUACACAGCGUAAUCAGAAGAGCCAAAGUUCGACCAGAGAAACAGCUAGCAAACCUGCUCACAGAAGACACAAGCACCACACCUAUCAUCACAGGCCCUUCCAACCUUUUAGUGUUUCUGUCGGACCAAGAGGCACACAGUUAACAAUCAAAUCAGGAGACAUCACUCUGGAAACAGUGGAUGCACUGGUUAGUGUAGUUGGAGCUGACCUUGACCUGAAAGGGACAGCUGUUGGUGGUGCUAUUCUUAAAAAGUGUCCCACUGCUGGGCAGAAAAUAAAGAGCAUAGUGGAAAAGUGCUUGCAAACAGCAGUGAUGUAUAGAAAAACAUCUAUUGCCUUUCCACCAAUUGGUGCUGGUAGAAAAUUUAAAUUUCCUGAGGAUACAGUCAUCGCAACAAUGAUUGAUACCAUUAAGCAGUUCCUCAGCAGUCAACCACACUACUUUCAGAAUGUCAACAUUGUUGUCUACGACAGAAGCAUGGCAAAGAAGUUUAAAAAUAUUCUGCAACAGACAAUCACAGCUGAUGAUGCAAGUUUACUUGGCGGUGAGAGCACAGGGUCUGUCUGUACUUUGAAGCAGGAAAACAUAUCAAAAGUUCGUAAGGCUGUUGCUCAGAGCUUGAAAGCUCAGUUUCUGUGCCAGGAAACUGUACCCAAUACAGAAACUAUCCGGAAACUCAGCCAGAAAGAUCUCAGUGAAAUAGAAGAUGAAGCCAUCAAAAAUUGUGUUGUUCUUAGGAUGCAAGCAGCUGCAGAUGGGAAACAAUCCCUUGUAUUGAGAGGGCAACCACUCGGGAUGAGCAAGACUAUGACUUUCAUCAAUGACAAGAUGAUGGCACGACUUCAGAAAAUGAAAGAAGAAGGAAACCGUAGACAUCGUAAAUGCACAUUGGAUAAGCAUGAAUUUCCAACAUACUGGAAGGUUGUGAAAGUUGAGCGACUGGAAAAUCCCUUUCUCUGGGACCAGUACAAGCAUCGUCGUGAAAUACUUUAUCUUAGUCAUGGCUGUUCCAACGUCCAGCCAAUAGAGAAAUUGCCUGGCUCACAAAGUCCUGUACUGACAACAGCAAAUUUGACAAGAGGAAGUCCCCUCCGCCGACAAAUUUAUCCAGCUGAGGUUAAUGAACACUACCUUUUCCAUGGAACCAAAAAGGAAUACAUAAAUAAUAUAGUUGCCACUGGACUGGACAGUCGCAUUGCCAAUGAGAAAGCCAUGCUCGGUCAGGGCAUCUAUGCUGCCGAGAGUCCCACCAAAGCAGAUCAGUACACAGAUUCAGCUUUCAGUAUCUUGAUAAGACCCUCAGCGCAGAGGACAAGUGAGAUGCUGUUCAUAUCUGAAGAAAGUCCUUUCAGAGAGACCUAUUGA